AGUGCCACAAGGGAUCUUCAGCAAGAUUUUGAAAGCUAAUAAAGAUAGCAAAACACCCAUGUAUGGAGGCGAUGUGCUGGUACAGAAUGAGCGCAGUGCCAUGAACUGUCCUUCUUGCCUUUGGCCUAAAAGUGAUAGUGGUAGUGUUCUUGUUCCCUACACCAUAGAUUCCAGCUACAGUGCCAGUGACCUGAACAGUAUUGUGCUCGCCAUGGCCGAGUUUGAAACAUUGACUUGUGUGAGGUUUGUGCCUCUUACAACAGAAGAUGAUUACAUCAACAUCACUCCUGGUGAUGGCUGUUACUCAUAUCUUGGAAGAACUGGUGGAAGCCAGACAGUUUCAUUGGGUGGAGGCUGCAUCUAGGGGAUUAUACAACAUGAACUAGAACAUGCCCUGGGCUUCUACCAUGAGCAUGUAAGAAGUGACCGUGACAAUUAUGUUGACAUCAAUUUCCAGUAUAUCCCUAAAGGAAAAUUGGGUAAUUUUGCUAAAGCGGACACCAAUAACCUGGGCAGUCCAUAUGAUUACAGUUCAGUGAUGCAUUAUGAUGCCUAUGCAUUCACCAACACUUCAAACAAACCCACAAUCGUCCCCAAGCCUGACCCCAAUGUGCCUAUUGGGCAGACAAUUGGACUGAGCGUCUUGGAUGUCACUAAAAUUAACCGACUUUAUCAAUGCAGUGUCUGUGCGACUUUGCUUAAUAAUAAGACAGGAAUUUUGACUUCUGACAACUAUCCCUCUGCUUAUCCUAAUAAUGGUGACUGCGUUUGGUUGAUCAGAGUUCCAUCAGGGAAGGUGAGGAGACAGAAAUGUAGAGAUGCAAAAUGUGACCCUAAAUGUCUAGCAACCUAGCUGUGAAAAUGAACU